UCUAUGGUUGCCCACUACCAAGGGUAUUCUCUUUCUCUCACUACAAUGCUAGUGGUUUCAAUGUUUGAAGAUGUUAGCAGCUAACUAACAAUAAAGCUUGCAACUUUGUAACUUUAAAACUUUAAACCCUUCAAUUUUCUCUUCCCCCUAUCUCUCACUCCCAUGGAGAUCAAACCCACUCCUUCAUCCCCACUCAACUCAGAAACCACCUCCCCUUCUCUUCUAUUUAACCACCACCACCACCACCUCCCCUCCGCCAUCGACGCCGCCGCCGAAACCCCAUCUCCCAAAAAACCCCCUGCUUCCACCACCGGCGCCGGGGACCGGCUGAAACGAGACGAAUGGAGCGAAGGCGCAGUGUCCACCCUGCUGGAGGCUUAUGAAUCCAAAUGGGUCCUUAGAAACAGAGCCAAAUUGAAGGGUCAUGAUUGGGAAGACGUGGCCCGCCAUGUCUCUUCAAGGGCUGAUUUUACCAAAUCCCCCAAAACUCAAACCCAGUGCAAGAAUAAAAUUGAGUCCAUGAAAAAAAGGUACCGCUCUGAAUCCGCCUCCGCCGCCUCCUCCUGGCCCUUGUACCACCGCCUUCAUCUCUUGCUCCGGGGAAACACCCUCACCCCACCACCGCCGCCUCCGACGCCGGUCAUUCUUCUGGAUCCUCCCCCACCACCUCCCGCUCCACCGCCGUUUCUGCCGGCGCAAAACUCCCAUGGGUCCAAUGGUGGUGAUCGGAUUAAUCCUAAGGAGGAUGGGGUUGAUAAUGGAAGAAGAGAUGAAUCAGAUGAGUUAUCAGAGAAGAGUAAGAAGAUGGUCAUAGAGACAGACAGUAGCACACCAGCAAUAGUAUACAGUGACAAAGACAAGGUAUCCAUGAGGCCUAAACAACAAACAAAAAUGAAGAACACCAAGAAGAAGAAUAAGUCGACGAGGCUGUCGGCCGAGGAUUCGUUGGAGCAGAUCGCCGGGAGCAUACGGUGGUUGGCCGAGGUCGUGGUGCGAUCGGAGCAAGCUCGAAUGGAGAUGAUAAAGGAUAUUGAAAAGAUGAGAGCUGAAGCAGAGGCUAAAAGAGGUGAAAUGGAUCUCAAAAGAACACAGAUCAUUGCAAAUACUCAAUUGGAGAUUGCUAAGCUCUUUGCAUCUGCUACCAACCCUAUAGAUUCUUCACCAAGGAUUGGUAGAACUUGACUUCAAUUUUUAUUCAUCCAAUAAUAAAAAUCAUAUCAAUCUCAUAGUAACAUAUAACUCCUAUUAAUCUCAAUCAAUGUAACUUUCUCUUUCAUUUCGCGUAUAAAAAUAUCGCUUUUUUACUA